AUGCGCGCCCUCGUCGUCACGCUCGAGCACGACGCGUCGACGUCCUUCUCGGGCAACGGCGUCCUCGCCCGCGCCCUCGUGCGCGCGCUCGCGACGCGCGGCGUCGACGUCUUCGUCCUGUGCGCCACCCCGCGCGCGAACGACGAGGCGGACGCGGACGAUGGGACGGAUGGACGAGUGAUUCGAAUACCCGUCCCGAUGGCGCGAUGGCAUCGAUUGGAUCGACGCUCGGCGCACGACGCGUUCGCGCGUGGAUGCGCGGACGCGCGCGUGGUCGAGCGCGUGCGGGCGUUCGCGUGUGACGUCGCGUUUGCGGUGGAUUUCACGUCCGUGAGGGCGGUGGAGGCGAUUGGAUUGCGGGCGGGGACGAGGGUGUGUUUUUGCCCGUUUCGCGUCUUCGCGCGUCUGGACGGAUCGGAAGGCGACGCGCACGCCGUGUACGAGCGCGCGGCGGUGGCGGGGACGUGGAUGACGAUCGCGUUGUCGCGAUCGGACGCGAUGUUUGUGAUGGAACGGUUGGGGGGAAGGGGACGGACGCGAUGGACGCACCCGCCGCUGCGACGGGACGCGGCGCGAGAGGCGAUGAGAGACGACGGGACGCGGCGGGCGCGGCGGUACGUCUCGUGCGUGGUGCGACCGAGUGAGGAGAAGAAACCGCAUCGAUUCGUGGCGAUGUGUGAGGAGCUCGCGAGGCGAGGGGUGUUUGACGCGAAAGAUGGAGGUGCGCCGCUCGCGCCGCUCAUGUGCAUAAACGCCGAGGUGAAGAGUGACUACGCGAGAGAUUUGCGGAGGCGAUUCGAGGCGUGCUCGCCGAACGCGCGCGUGGUGGAUGAAUUUCUCGGAACGCGGGCUCUGGGAGACGUGUUCGAGGAGACCUUGCUCAACGUCCAUCCGCCGUCGUACGAUUCGUUCGGGAUGACGAUUAUCGAGGCGGCGGCGUUCGGCGCGCCGACAGUCAUGCACAACGGGGGAGAUGUCGGGGCGAGAGAUUUACUCAGCGCUGAUUCCGACGUAUCGUGCUUCGAUAUGAACAUGGAGGCGUCCGCGAGCGAGCAGGCGGACGUGAUAGAGACGAUUAUUAAUGAUCCCGAAAGGAUUCAUAAAGUCGCGCAGAACGCGCGGUUACGCGCGCUGAAAUGGGACGAGGACGCGUUCGGCGAGGCUAUUCUAGACAUCAUUAGAGAAAAUUAG